AUGGCGCUUCCAUUGGCCGCCAACAUGGUCCCGUCUUCGGUGUCGUCUCCGGCACCCAACCCCCUUAUGCAAAGUGCACUUGCCUCGGUCCUGUGGAUAAUCGGUGAUGUCGAGCUCAUGGGCCGCUUUCUGACGCGCUCAUGGUGGAGUGAAGGCCACGCUGCAGCGGCCAGCGUUGUCGCCGACAUGGCCGCGCACGUGGUCCAGCGCAUGGAAACAUCGACGUUGCUUCACCAACUGCGCUGUCACAUUGCAUUCCGCGUCCGCGUCCUGGCUACGUUGGUGCGUCACCAUGCGUCGUCGACAUGGCUGCCCGACGUCCUCGACAGGUACUGGUCGUUCAUGCAAACGGCGCUUCGCACCGCUGUCUUUCUUACAACAGCAAUGUCAACGCUGGAGGCCGCGCUCGUGAUUGAUGCAUGGUGCAUGGACCGCGCUGUCAAGCCGGGGGUGCAUGCCGUACUCGAGGUGCUACUGCCAUCGCCACUCGUCGAUAGCAUCCUCUCGUAUGUCUACGCCCCGCCGCUCGUCACGGCCCUUUCGCACCAUAGCCAACUGCAAGCCAGCCUACCGCUCUUUUUAUGGCAGCGCCAAACACCCAAAUUGUCGUCGUGGCACGUGUACGUGCAUACGGCCGUUUGCUACGUUGCAACGAAUGGUUGCACACACGAUGUAGCAAUUGCCGCGCUGCUCUUGCUCACGGCGGGCACCUCGGACUUUAUGGCCACGCAAGCCUUUCAUUGA